AUGCAACCAAGUAUCGAGAAAAACCGAUAUUCAGAGGAUUUUGAUUUUAAGAGAGGUAGUCGAGUCGAUCGAGCCGAUUUCGAAAUACUCAACGGUUUUCGUGCUCUCGAACGCGACCAAAUAUCGAACCAAAUCGGUUCAACAACAACAACAGAUCAUCAACACGACUCCCGAAAAAACCCAGCCGCCAAAAACAAAGGCGCCAGCUGGUCCAGAUUCAACGACCCGCGGGUCGUUCGGGCCUCGAGGGCCCUCGGCGGAAAAGACCGUCACAGCAAGGUGUGCACAGUGCGCGGGUUACGCGACAGGCGGGUGAGGCUAUCGGUCCCCACUGCCAUCCAGCUGUACGACCUUCAAGAACGUCUCGGGCUUAACCAACCGAGCAAAGUUGUCGACUGGCUUCUCAAUGCCGCGAGGCACGAGAUAGACGAGCUUCCCCCUCUACAAAUCCCACCCGGGAUGAUGUCGAUGAUGAUGUCAGCAAAUGGAGAAGAAAUAAACCGAGACGAGUUGACUUCGGGAGGGUUGACUUUAUCACGAGCCGGUCAACUGCGUGAGGAGGACAGCUGGCGUAAUUUCGGGUUGCUUCCGUUGCAAGUUCCGUCGACAAUGUCGGCCGGGCCUUUUACACAAUCGUAUUUUCCUUCGGAAGUCAACUAUUAUCGAGUUGACUCUUCGUCGGCUGGUCAAACGUCUUUGAAGUCGAUUCACUUCGACAUGACGGCAAAUUUACUCCCUUCGCACGACGAAAAUCGUUAA